GAGCGGGGCUGAGCGGGGGCCGGGUCCCGGGCGGCCCUGCGGGCGCUGCCCCCCGGAGCCAUGCUCAUCAAGGAGUACCGCAUCCUGCUGCCCAUGAGCCUGGACGAGUACCAGGUGGCCCAGCUCUACAUGAUCCAGAAGAAGAGCCGGGAGGAGUCGAGCGGCGAGGGCAGCGGCGUGGAGAUCCUGGCCAACCGGCCCUACAGCGAGGGCCCCGGCGGCAGCGGGCAGUACACGCACAAGGUUUACCAUGUGGGCUCCCACAUCCCCAGCUGGUUCCGGGCGCUGCUCCCCAAGGCCGCGCUGCAGGUGGAGGAGGAGUCCUGGAACGCUUACCCCUACACCCGCACCCGGUACACGUGUCCCUUCGUGGAGAAGUUCUCCAUCGAGAUCGAGACCUAUUACCGGCAGGACGCGGGGCAGCAGCCCAACGUCUUCAACCUGAGCGCCGCCGAGAAGAGGCAGAGGGUCCUGGACACCAUCGACAUCGUGCGUGACCCCAUCUCCCCUGGGGAAUACAAGCCCGAGGAGGACCCCAAGCUCUACCAUUCCAGCAAGACAGGCCGGGGCCCGCUGGGGGACGAUUGGCUGGAGGCCCCCAGCACCGGGCCCCUGAUGUGUGCCUACAAGCUCUGCAAGGUGGAGUUUCGCUACUGGGGGAUGCAGUCCAAGAUCGAGCAGUUCAUCCAUGAUGUGGGGCUGCGGAAGGUGAUGCUCCGUGCCCACCGCCAGGCCUGGUGCUGGCAGGACGAGUGGACGGACCUGACGAUGGAGGACAUCCGGCAGCUGGAGGACGAGACAGCUCAGAUGCUGGCUCAGAAGAUGGGCAAGUGCAGCGGGGCCGAGGAGCCCCCCAUGGCCGGGCCCAGCUCCGAGGGCAGGAUGGAACCCCGACGUGCCAGCGGGCAGGAAGGGGCCGAGGCGCAGCAGGAGGCCGAUGUCUCCCCUGAUGAUACCUUUGCCAAGCAGUGGUCCACCUCUUCCCGGUCUUCCUACUCUUCUCAGCAUGGAGGGGGGGUGUCUCCUCAGAGCCUGUCCGAGUGGCGGAUGCAGAACAUCGCCCGUGACUCCGAGAACAGCUCCGAGGAGGAGUUCUUCGAUGCCCACGAGGACCUGUCUGACAGCGACGAGGUCUUUGCCAAGGAGAUGACCAAGUGGAGCUCCAAUGACUUCUUGGACACGCUGGAGCAGCCAAUGGAGCUGGGUGAGGCGUUGGGGGAAGGAACCAGCAGUGCCAAGGUGGAUGGAGAAGGUUUGGGGACAUCCAGCUUCUCGGAGGGCAGCUCCUCGGACAGCGCGGCCCCCGCGUGCCAGAUCCACGUCCUCUUCCUCAUCCUGCACAGCGGGAACAUCCUGGACCAGGGCUCGGGGGAGCCGGGCUCCAAGCAGGCGGACGUGCAGACCUUGGCGGCCACCUUCGACGCUGUCGCCCGUGCCCACUUCCCCGAGGCACUGGGGCACGUGGCGCUGCGCCUGGUGCCCUGUCCCCCCAUCUGCGCCGCUGCCUAUGCCCUGGUCUCCAGGCUGAGCCCUUACAGCCACGACACGGACAGGCUGUACAGCAGCCAGGACCACAUCCCCCUGGCAGCCCUCCCGCUGCUGGCCACCUCCUCGGGGAGCUACCUGCACGCCCUGGGCACCGUCGUGGCUCGUGCCAACCAGGCCUAUGGAGCCUUCCUGCGCUCCAGGGAGGGAGCCGGCUUCUGCGGCCAGGUGGUGCUGCUGGGGGACUGUGUGGGGGGCAUCCUGGGCUUCGAUGCGCUCUGCCAGACCCGGGUGGGUGCCGGGGGCAGCCGUGGCAGCAGCCGCCGCGGCAGCCUGAGCAUGGAGCCCAUCUCCCCGGAGCUGUGCGGCGGCCGGGACCCGUUGGCUGAUGGAGCAGAUGGAGCAGCAGGAUCAGAACCCGAGCCAGGGCCGCAGCCACUCUGCAGGGAGCAGGGCGAGAGCCACUGUCACAGCUCCUCGGGCAGCCUGCAGGCCAGCGAGGCUGCGCUGGAGCCAGAGGCAUCGCGGAGCAGCACCACGGCACUGGAUGGGGCAGAGGGUGCCAGCACCCGCCUCGACUUUAAGGUAUCCGGCUUCUUCCUCUUUGGCUCCCCGCUGGGGCUGGUGCUCGCGCUACGCAAGACCGUCAUGCCCGCUCUGGAUGCCCCAAUCCUCCCCCCCCACACCUUCUCUUCACCAGUGGCUCAGCUGCAUCCUGCCUGUGAGCAGAUCUACAACCUCUUCCACGCGGCCGACCCCUGCGCCUCUCGUCUGGAGCCCCUCUUGACCAAGGCCUUCCACGCUGUCCCACCGCUCAGCGUGCCCCGCUACCAGAAGUACCCCCUGGGUGAUGGCACCUCCUCCCUGCUGGCGGAUACGCUGCAGAUGCACUCUGCCCUCUUCCUGCCCAAGGUGGACCUGGCCACCCCUCCUACCCCCACCGGCAGCUUCGGGGGCUUCUGGAAGAGCAGUGAGCCUGUAGAGCCCCCCGAUCCUGCCAGCACCAGUGAACUCGUCAAGACUCUCCCCCCAGUCCUGGAGCGCUGGUGGGGCCGGAAGCGCAUCGACUACUUGUUGUACUGCCCCGAAGCCCUGACUGCCUUCCCCACCAUCACCCUGCCCCACCUCUUCCAUGCCAGCUACUGGGAAUCCUCCGACGUGGUGGCCUUCAUCCUACGCCAGGUGAUGGAGAAGGAGGAGUCGCAGCCAGCAGAGAAUGAGGAGGGUUCCACCUACAGCCCCGCUAUCCCCAGGGAGAAGUGGCAGCGCCGGCGCACGCAGAUGAAGAUCCGGAACAUGACGGCAAACCACCGGGUCUGCGACGUGAUCGUGUGCGAGGGCAAAGCCCAGGUCCUCACCGGGCGCUUCAUGUACGGCCCCCUGGACAUGGUGACACUGACCGGGGAGAAGGUGGACAUCUACGUCAUGACACAACCGCUGUCGGGGAAGUGGAUGUACUACGGCACCGAGGUGACGAGCGGCAGCGGGCGCCUGACCUUCACCAUCCCUCCAGACAAAGCUCUGGCCAUCGGCAUCUACCCCGUGCGCAUGGUGGUGAGGGGGGACCACAGCUUCGCCGAGGCGUACCUGACCGUGGUGGCCCCCGGCACCGAGUGCAUCGUGUUCAGCAUCGACGGCUCCUUCGCCGCCAGCGUCUCCAUCAUGGGCAAUGACCCCAAAGUGCGGGCAGGGGCUGUGGAUGUAGUACGGCACUGGCAGGACUUGGGCUUCAUGAUCAUCUACGUGACGGGGCGCCCGGACAUGCAGAAGCACCGCGUGGUGGCCUGGCUCUCCCAGCACAACUUCCCCUACGGCUCCGUGUCCUUCUGCGACGGGCUCACCCACGACCCCCUGCGCCAGAAAACCGCCUUCCUCCAGAGCCUGCACACCGAGGCAGAGAUCAACAUCAUUGCUGGCUACGGCUCCACCAAGGACAUCUCCGUGUACAGCUCCCUGGGGCUGCCACCAACGAGCAUCUACAUCGUGGGACGGGCCAUCAAGAAGUUCACCAACCAGUGCCAGUUCGUGUCCGAGGGCUACGCAGCCCACCUUGCCCAGCUCGAGGCAGCAGCCCAGGCCCACUUACCCAAGGGCCCCUCGCGGCCCACGCUGGGCAAAGGCACCUACGGCUGCCUGGCGCCCGUCGACGUCCUCCGCAAGCAGAACCAGCUCCUGCGGGCGCGGGGCUCCAGCCAGGCCGAGUGGGACGGGGCAGGGCCUUCAGCAGCAGCCCCAGGGCUGCCCAGGGCCAAGCCCCGCAGCGUCAGCCUCAAGCUGGAGGAUGAGGAGUGAGGGUGGCCCCAGCACCGCUCCCCCCACCACCG